GCGCGGCCCCUCGGCCAGCUCUGCAGUGGCCAUGGCGAGGUCCCCACGCGGCGGCGGCAGCAGCAGGCGCGGCAAGUCCUACUGGAUGUGCAGCUGCGGAGGAUGGAACUGGGACUGGUGCGGCUCGUGCCCUGGCUUUGGGCAUGCGGCUCCGCCCUGGGCGCUGGGAAUGUCCCCCGCCAAAGCGAGGCCCAAGGCAGACAAGGACGGAUGGUUGGAUCAGCCGCGUGGGCGCCGUGCCCAGAGGCAGGCCCGCAGCGCGGCCUCGCGGGGAGCCUCCGCCAAGUCGCAGACCUCGGCGUCGGCAGCGAGUGGGGCGCCCAGCGGUGGAGGCGCCACGGCGAUCGAGAGGCUCCAGGCAGCAGCCGAGCAGCUCGAGGCGCUGCAGGCCGAGCCGCCUGACGGCGUGGACGGCUGCUUCACCGACGUCGUGGCUAGUCAGCUGGAGGCGAAGCGCGCCGAGCUGGUCAGGGCCCAGAAGGCGGCAGUAGAGCAGAAGGCCUCCUCCCUGCCACGGGCGGUGCAGCUCCACAGGGAGGCGAACGCCAUCAGCAAGGGUGAGAAGCGGCUCCGCGCAGCCCGCCAGGGGUUCGAGCAGAAGCAGGCGGCGCGUAGCCUCGUCGAGGCCCAGCUCCACAAGGCGCAGGGGGAGCUCGCCGAGCUCGACGCGGAGGUUGAGGAGGCGAGCCGUGCGCUCCAGGCGCUCGAGGAGGCAGCCCGCGAGGAGGCCGAGGCGCUGCGCCGCCAGCGCACUGCCGAGUGGGCAGGAGCCAGCCAGGUGCCAGGGCUCCCCAUGCAGCUGGAGAAGUUGCCCGAGGCCUGGGGCUCCAGCAACUUCGGGGUGGCCUGGGCAGCCAUCCGCGCCCAGGUGGAGGCGGGGCGGGCGCAGCUCGCGGGGGGCCCUGUGGCCCCCAAGCGCGCGCCGUGGGCUGAGUCCUGCCCCGUGGAGGUGAUCAGCAGCGACGAUGGCGAUCUCGCAGGUAGCGGUAGCUCUUGGCAGCCACAGCCAGCCGCCGAGCGGGGCCAAGCCGAGCGGCGUGGCAAGGCGCAUGGCGAGUGGCCGACGGUGGCCCAGGCAUGCCAGCGGGAGCUGGCUGCCGAGGCAGCGGAGCGCAGCCAGGGCCAACGAGUGCCUUGUGAGACCAGCGCGGCGGGCCUGCACUGGCGCGAGUGCGGCCACGCCGAGGGCGCCUUGGUGGACUCCCACGGCAUCGACGUCGGCGACCCGCCCAGGUACCUGGGGCACGCCGUUGGGCCCGGCAUCGUCCUCAUGCCCCAGGGCGCGGAGGAGAACGGGGUUCGGGCCCACGUGCUCGGCACUAGCGAGCAGAGCGACCCCAUUGGCCAAGCAGGCGCACCUGGGCACUCCGAGGCGAUGGCAACGAGGGCGGACCUGCAGCAGCCAGCCGAGCUGCCACUCAGGGAACACGCUCGGAGUCUGGAGGCGGCAGCAGCCAGGAGCGCCAGGGCCGCCACUGUGGUGCGCUGUGCCUCGCCCGCCGCCGCGGUGGUGCGGUCCCUGGGGCGGUUCGGCAGGUGCUUCGAGCCGGAGCGGAGCAUGGUCGUGGACCUCGGCGACGUGUUCGAUCCCAUAGUCCUCGGGCCUCGGGCGAUGAGCUUUAAGGCAAGCUCGGUUGCUCUGCAGGCCUCCAACCGCCAUGAGAGGCAGAAGCUCAGCUGCGACCCCCUCUGGCUGCGGCUGUGGCUCGGGGGCGCCAUCGAACAACUGCUCGGGCCAGGAAUCGAGCGGCGCGUGAAGGGGCAGCAUGCGCGAGGGGUCCACAUCUCCAACGCACGCUGGACGAUGAGGGCCUCUGGAGGCUUCGGCAGCCAGUCGAUGGCAGGCCACGCCUGGAGAGCAGCCGCUCGACGGAGCAGUGCGGCAGCCCUCUCGGCCACCGCUGUCGCCUUCAGCAUCCUGGGGCACGCGCUUAGCUACGCCUUCGCGGGUGAUGUCGAGGACGCCCAGGAGAUCGUGGCCUGCUCCAAGUGCGGCGCCUACAAGGUGCUGGGCAGCCACGCGGGAGGCACGUCUCGCCUGAAGGUGCAGUGCCCAGGGCCCAGCUACCUGACCAACAAGUCAGGCAGGAACCAGCGCAGCCUGCGGGAGCGAGGGGUCCAUCCUGGAGGCAGGCCGCGAGCGGACAAGCAAAGAGUGAAGGGAGAGGGCACCCCUGCUUUGCGCUCGCAAGGGCCGGUGCCAGGGCACGCCCAGGAGCGCUGCCUGGAAUGGCUCGGCAUGGAAGCGGAGCCUGCAGGCGAGGCCUCAGCUGCGGCCAGCAGCGCUGGCAGCGGCCCAGCGGCCCCUGCGGCGGCGCUGGCGGAGGAGGCUGCGGCUGCCAGCCUGCCCCAGCAGCGUCCAGGCCCGACGUGCGCUGGCCACCUCGGCGCGAACGAGGCGAGGCCCAAGGCGGACAAGGACGGCUGGGUUGACCAGCCACGUGGGCGCCGUGCCCAGAGGCAGGCCCGCGGCGCGGCCUCGCGGGCAGCCUCCACCAAGUCGCAGACCUCGGCGUCCGCGGCGAGUGGGACGCCCAGCGGUGGAGGCGCCACGGCGAUCGAGAGGCUCCAGGCGACAGUCGAGCAGCUCGAGGCGCUGCAGGCCGAGCCCCCUGACGGAGUGGACGGCUGCUUCACCGACGUCGUGGCCAGGCAACUGGAGGCGAAGCGUGCCGAGCUGGUCAAGGCCCAGAAGGCAGCAGCGGAGCAGAAGGCCUCGUCCAUGCCGCAGGCGACGCGUCUCCGCAUGGAGGCGAACGCCAUCAGCAAGGGGGAGAGGCGGCUCCGAGCAGCCCGCCUGGAGCUCGAGCAGAAGCAGGAGGCGCGCGACCUCGUCGAGGCCCAGCUCCAGAAGGCCCAGGAGGAGCUCGCGGAGCUCGACGCGGAGGUGGAGGAGGCGUGUUGUGCGCUCCAGACGCUCGAGGUGGCAGUCCGCGAGGAGGCUGAGGCGCUGCGCCGCCAGCGCGCGGCCGAGUGGGCAGGUGCCAGCCAGGUGCCAGGGCUCCUCCUGCAGCUGGAAAAGUUACCUGAGGCGUGGAGCUCCAGCAACUUCGAGGCGGCCUGGGCAGCCAUUCAGGCCCAGAUGGAGGCAGUGCGGGCGCAGCUUGAGGGAGGCCCCGCAGCCCCCAGGCGUGCGCCGUUGGCAGAAUCCUGCCCCAUGGAGGAGACCAGCAGCGACGAUGGCGAUCUCGCCGAUGGCAGCAGCCCCUGGCAGCCCCAGCCAGUCGCAGGGCGAGGCCAAGCAGAGCGGCGCGCCAAGGCGCUGGGCGAGUGGCCGACGGUGACCCAGGCAUGCAAGCGGGAGCUGGCAGCAGAGGGAGUCGAGAGCGACCCGCUAGGCCUCCGCAGCAUGGGCGUCCGCGACUCGCCCAGGGGCCAAGAGAGUGCUGCAGGGCCCAGCGGUGACCUCUUCCUCCUGAACGCCGAGGUGAACGUGUUUGGGGCCAUGGAGUUCGGCACUAGCGACUGGGGCGACCUCAGUGACCAAGCUGGUCUACAUGGCGACCCUGAAGCAACUUCAGUGCUGCAGCGGCGCCUCGCGAAUUCCCAGAUGCAGGAUGGGGGCAUGAGCUCAGCCUCCUGGGGAGCAUGGGCCAAGCUGGCCAGGCAGAAGGGCGGCAGGCUCGCCCACAGUUGUACGAAGGCGGGGCCGCCCCUGCCAGUGGGGUACUCAGAGGCCAGCAGGCCUGUGGCAGGCAUGAUUGCAGUCGGAAUGCAGGAGGCCGACGGGCAGGCCCCCUUGCAGCAGGAUGGCAUCAGGUCUGGAGCUGGAGUCGGCAGCUGGGACGUCCGAUGCUCGACGUUGCAGCUCCUCAGCCUGAAGGUGCUACAGGCGCGCGAGGAGCAGCCCCAGGCCCUCGAGGCCGCAGCAGGUGAGCGCCGUGCCUCGCCUGUCUACGCAGUGGCGCGGACCCUGGGGAUCGGCGACUGGCACCUGGACCUCGGAGACGCGUUCAACCCCAGGUUCCUUGAGCUGCGGGCGAUGGGCGCGGGAGCAAGCACGCCCGCUCAGCAGCAGGCCUGCAGCCGCCAUGUGAGGCGGGUCCCCUUCUGCAGGCCCCAUUUGCUUCGGCAGUGGCUCGGAGACGCCAUCGGGCUGGUGCUCAAGCCAGGAGUCGGGUGGUGCUUGUGCGCGCGGCGUGCACGCGGAGGAGGAGCAGGCGGAUUCGACAGCGAGCAGCUCAUCAAUGGCUCAGACUGGAUCAGCGGAGGGCGCCCACCUGCUGGCGAGAUCGGCCAGGCGCAGUCUGUGGCAGCGUCGGUGCCCCAGCGGGCUGAUGAGGCCCCAGGCUGCGGCGCUCCUGCCAUGCGGCCCCGCCUGGAGGACAGCCGCUCGGCUGGGAGCAGUGCGGCCGCCCUCUCGGCCACCGCGUUAGCCUUCAGCGUCCUGGGGCACGUGCCCAGCUACGCCUGCGCGGGCGAAGGCGAGGGCGCCCAGGAGAUCGUGGCGUGCACCAAGUGUGGCGCCUACAAGGUACUGGGCGGCCGCGCAGGAGGUAAGUCGCGCCUGAAGGCGCAGUGCCCAGGGCCCAGCUACCUGACCAACAAGUCGGGCAGGAACCAGCGCAGCCUGUGGGAGCGUGGGCUACACCCUGGAAACGCCCAGGAGCGCUACCUGGAGUGGAUAGGCAUGGAGGCGGAGCCCGCGGGCGGAGCCUCGGCCGCGGCCAGCAGUUCGGGCAGCGGCCCAGCGGCGCCCGCGGCUGCGCAGGAAGUGGAGGCAGCGGCAGCCAGCCAGACCCAGCAGCAGCCAGGGUCGAGCGCGGGCGCCCUUGGAGCUGGCGAGGCAGCCGGGGAGGUGCUCGCAGCCACGGGAGCCGCAGCCAGCGGCGGCCUGGCGAGCCGCAGGGUCCGCCGCCGCCUGGCGCGCCGUGGCUCGGAAAACAUAGAGUUCUACUUGGAGGGGCUCAGCGGCGAGGGGGAGCCUGCAGGCAGAGCCUCAAUCGCGGCCAGCAGCUCGGGCAGCGGCCCAGCGGCCCCGCGCCAGUGCAGACAGCGGAGGCGGCGGAGGUGA